AUGCCGAAGAAGCCGGUGCUUGUCACCCUCGAGGAGUUUGAGGAGCUCAAAACGCAACUGCAGGGCCGUAUCGAUGGCGUGUUGAAGGAGCUGCGUACCAAGGUGCCAGGAUGCGAAGACCGCAUCGCUGAGCUCCAGAUCGCGAAGACGAAGCUGGCCCAGGAUGUGGAGGUGGCGAUAACUGCGACGAAACGAGUGGGAGACGAUGCCCAGGCGACGACGACCAACAUGGUAGGCGAGCUGGACAGUCGUCUCAGCGCCAAAGUGGCGGACCUCCUGGCACAGCUGCAGCACUCCGACGAGGCCCUGACGCGGGACUUGACCACAUCGGAGGGGGAGACCCGCAAGCUUCUCGCCGACGAACUUACAGCGCUGUGCGAGCGCUUGGAUCAGGAGCUGUCAUUGGUCCGCAGCGAAAUGGCGGAGUCCAUGGAGCGUGCGGCGGGCGAUAUCCGGGCAGAAAUGCAGAAGUUGAGUGCCUCGCUUUCGGCGAACAUCGCUGAGAGCCAGCGGCAAAGCCUGGACAAUGCAUCUGGGUUGAAGGCCUACCGGGAGCACACGGACGCCGUACUUCAGCGGGAGCAGAAGGCCCGGACGCUGGAAGAGGAGCGAGUAAAGGUGGCCGAGGCAGACAUUUGGAUGAGGCUGGACCGGCUAAGCGAGCUGGUGCAGGAAGUCGGUGAUUCUGUAAUGGAGGAAGUCCGAGUCACGACCGGUGAGAUGGACCACAAGAUUACACAGGCAAUCACUUCGGCUGAUCAGCGGCUCACGGCUGCACGCAUGAGCUCCGUCGAUGCUGUGCUCUUGCAGUUCGGACUGGGUGCGGCCGCUCUGGUCCUCCGCUACUUCUCGCGGCCCUUCGUUUACUGCUGCCAGCGCUGCACAGCUUGCAUCUGGAACUGCCUCUGCUGCCUCUGCGUCUACAAGAGGAGGCGUGCGGCGGCCUCCUUGGAGGAGGGGGCCGAGGAGACGGCUUUGGGGAAGUGCGCGCAGCUGAGGAGGUUCCUUUUUACCCAUGCCGCGGUGCGCUGGUACUGGUUCCACUUGGCUAUCCAGCUCGGUUUCUUGAGCCGGGAGUACCAGGUGAUCUCUGUGGCCUCUCAGGGUGUUUGGCCGAGUGAAGUGUUGCUCUCCUACUCAGCCUUAUGGCUGACCUAUGCUGUGGUUUUUGUGGAAGUUUGUCACUUCUCAUCUGUGCGGAACAAGGAUGUCGUGACCAAGAUCACGGUGGAUGGGCUGCUGGACAUGCUUCUGCUUCCGGUGAAUAUCGGCUUCUUUGGGCACCUCUGCGUGAGAAAGCUCGCACUACAAUUGGACGGCCAUUCCUUACACAUCAUCUCCACCAUCAUGGAGAGCUCUGAGAUUUGGGAGGCUUGGGCGCUGUGGUCAGUGCUUGGCUUGUUCGUCACGGUCGUUGAUGUGGAAUCCCGACGAGACCCUGCGCAUCAGGAAUUCGCUGUGCCUUUUCGAAACCUGAGCCUGCAGGGGGUGCGCACUUGGGUGUUCAUGAUUAUCAUAAUCACGGCGACGAGGUUGGUCAUGAUCGGGGUCCUUCAGUCGAGAGCCCCGACGUUGUGCUUCUGGGCUUCUAAAACCUGCACAUCCUGCAAUGAACUCUACGACCAAAACAUCCACUUGGCGGCGGCCGCGGUCAAUUUUAUUCUGUGCUCCUUUGCCCUCGCAUUCGUGUUCACCUUCGAACACAGCUUCGAUCAAUACCUGAGCAAGAUCGGACCUUUCUGGAAGUUCUGGGGAGUAAAAGGGGUGGUGUCAGUGACAUACUUUCAAUGGCUGGUGCUGACUUACGGCCCCCUGAAUCUAGAUGACAAACGCAUCUACGAGUUGCAUUGCUUGCUCUGCACGGUAGAGAUGCCAAUUCUGGCUGUCCUUCAUGCCACUUGCGCAUACCCCUAUGGAAAACCCUGGCUGAACUACCUGUUGCAGCUGCAGCAGCAGGACAUGAGCGAGCAGGAAGCCAUAGCAGAACGAACGUCGCGAUUCCGUUUCACGGAAUUCAACGUUGAUUUCACUAUCUCCACUCGCAGCUGUGGCCCUGAGACGUGGGUCUUGCUCUUUUAUGUACUGUUCUGGAGCUUGGGCUGCUUCGCAAGCCAUAGGUUUGUGGUGUUCCUGCUUCCCGUGGCCCAUGAAGUUCAGGGCCCGCAGCCGCCGAUCCACUACGCGACAUGCAAUGCCGAAGGGGACAUCGCGCACUUCCUCGCAGGCUCCCAGCUCCACUUCCAGAUCCGGAAUGACACCGUGGAGAAGCAUCGGCUGCCGGGCGUCGCCGGUGCCUGGCUGCCUCUCUGUGGCAAGGCCGCGCUGGACUGCGAGCCGGGCUUCCACGGCGCCCCCGCCCUGCGCUGUUCGCCCCGAGGCAAAUACGAGCCCACCGGGCUUUGCAAGCCGAUCCGCUGUGGACAGCCGGGAGAAGAAGUUGGGCAUGCCAGGCUGCACAAGUCAGAUCUGGUCAUCCGUGAGUGGACAAGCGACAUGGUGAUCUCCUACGAAUGUAUCCGAGGUUUUGUGGGCAAGAUCCGUGCCAAGUGUGGCAAAGAGGGUCACUGGACGUUUACGGGCGAGUGCACCGAGGUCCUUUGUCCUGAUCCCCCAACCGUAGCACGUGCGAAGCCCUUGCUGGAGCCGAGCGAGCUGCAAAACCGAACAUGGCAAGCCGGCAUGUCCCUAAGAUAUCAGUGCAUCGAUCCUUUCGUUGGCAUCAUCACGGCGAGAUGUGAGGACGACGGGAAUUUCGUUCUGCAUGGAAGAUGUUUGGCUUUCUGCAAGACACCCCCUGCAGUGCCCAAUGCCAUCGCGGACUACAACAACUCUGUUGCAGGAAUCGGCUGGUCGGAGGGCAUGCGCGUGAAGUACGACUGCUCCCCUGGCUGGAGCGGCACCGUCUUCGCAACCUGCCGGGAGGACGGACAGUACAGCAUUGAAGGCAGUUGCAAAGCACAGUGCCCUGAUUUGAACAAGAUCUUGCAUGACACCUACGGGGCUUCCUGGGCUGAUGUCAUCUCCGUGAACCGCUCGCAUUCGCUGGACCUCACCGGCUCCGGGGAAGCCGACAUCGUGGCACUGGCCUGCGCCCCGGGCCUCACCGGCCUUCCCUUCGCGGCCUGCCAAGAAGGCAGCUGGCAGAUUCUGGGCUCUCGCUGCCGAGCAUUCCGGACCUCUACGGACUGCAGUUGCAAACGCCAGUGGAAGUUCUGCAGCGAUGUCCUGCAGAGACAUUGCAUUCGAUGGAAUGGUUGCCACGGAUCCAGCGCACAGAGGUACGGGUGGUGCGAGGUGGAUGACAAGCUGCCGUGUGCCUCUGCCAGCACUCCGCGCUGGGAUUACUGCGUCGGCCAAGGCCCACAGGACGAUCCCGAGGUGCCCCUCGAAAGUGAGAUGGGAGCGGUUCUGCUGCGGUACGGGCUCUUCGUGGUUGCUGGUCUGCUCAGCUUGGCUGCACUGCUGUUCCUGCGGCAUUAUCUCCCCGUCCGGCCCGGGCCCGUCCGCCCAGAGCGGCCCGAAGCAGAGCCCUUGCCUGACCAGACCUGUGAGCUUCCAGCAAUUGUCCUCGACGAGUCGUGCACUCGCCUCAAGGCCGGGCUCUGCGAGGUCCAAAAUGCGGCCACCCGCAGAGUUACUUGGGUUCUCCGCAAAGCUUCGGAGAAACUCCGGCCUCCUCUACUGGACGACGUGAAGAUCCAGCCGCACGUGAGCUGGUUCUCUCCCCUCUUCGAUGCCGGCGGCUGCCAUGGUUUGCAGUUGGAGCUCCAGAUCUUCCGCGUGGUCGACCCACCUCUGGAGGGCCAGGAGGUUGGAGACUGCGCCGUGUACCUCUGGGCGACCAAGGGCUGCAAUCUGGUCUACAAGCUGGCGGUUGGAAGCAAGUCACAGCUCCUCGAGAAGAAGUUUAAUGGACGCGUCCCUUACGGCACUACUCGUCUUUGCUUCUUCACCGACCAGAUCAACAAGGAGGAUGACACUCUCCGUGUGUCAUGCGAAGUGCUGGAGGUGCUCCGGUGGAGAAUUGGGCAGGUUAGGCAGAUUUCCGGUCAGAUGGCCCAGCAUGAGUCCUUUUUAGAUCCACCAUCCCCCCACAUGCUGCGCUAG